AGCAGUGCACUGUCAAGGAUACGAAGUACAAUUUUACAAAUAACAAUAUUUCCAAGAGUAUUUUAACAUAUCUAUGAAAUCUUUAUUUUUAGUUUGUAGUAUUUGUAUAAUUUACAAUUGUCAUAUUUACUGUUUCUAGUGUGCACAACUUUGCAAUGAAUUUAUCUAUAUUUUUUAGAGUAUUUAAAAAUAACCUUAAAAUAAAUCUAAAGCAGAAGUGUUACAAUUUUAGUAGUGAGGCAAAGAAAACUGACUUAAUAAGUAUUCAAAAUAAUUCUGUAUUAAAUAGUUGCUUUGAUGAUUUGUCCGAGCUGGCACCCAAUCAUCCGGUAUCGUUUAAUUUGGCUGCAUAUGUGAAUAAUUCUGAGUUAUUGCAAAACCUCGUCCAUUUGAACGUAAAUCUAGCCAAAAUUGAGAAAAAACCGUUCAUUGUGGAAAAAAUAUUGAAAUUAAACUUUGAAAGAGAUGUAAAGAAACAUAUUUUUUUCUUAAAAAAUUAUGUGGAUGCGGAAUGUAUAGGUGAAUUUAUUACCAAAAAUCCAUUAAUUCUCUGUGAACCUAUAGAAGACUUAGAAGUCAGAAUUAACUACUUACAAUCGAAAUAUUUUAAAUUAGAACAAAUUAAACAUAUUAUUGUCAAAAACCCUUUCUGGUUGAUGUUUAGCACAAUUCGAAUAGAUAAAAGAUUAGGUUUCUUUCAAAGCAGUUAUAACUUGACUGGCAAAGAAGUAAGAGAAGUAGCUACAAAACAACCUAGAUUGAUAACAUACAAUUUACAUCACAUCACAACAAAUACUUUCGUCAUAAAAGAGGAAAUGGGCUUUACUGAAGAGCAGAUGAAAGAUAUUAUUAAGAAUAAACCCAAACUGUUAAUGUUGAAUCAGAAAUCAUUACUAGAAAGAUUCAAUUAUAUACACAAUAUUAUAAAAAUUCCACAUGAAAUGAUUUUAAAAAAUCUCAAUAUAUUAGAAUAUAGGAACUUUAUUGUCAAACAGCGACAUUUAUUUUUAAAGAAAUUAGGAAGAGCACAAUAUAAUCCAACACAAGCUAAUUAUGUACCAAUUACAGCUCUAUGUGUAGAUACAGAUGUAGAAUUUUGUAAAAAAUAUGCAAAAAGUAAUGUAGAUGAUUUUAAUACAUUCUUAAAAACACUCUAAUUUUAUCCAGCCUUGCCUAACAUAAUUUUAUUUUGGAAAGCGUUGAGAGAGUGGUAUAGAAGUGAAUCAAAAAUACCAGCCAGUGUGAAUACUCCUCCUACAAUUGCACAUAUAUUUGUUGCAAAAUGUCCAAGUGAUCUGUAAAUAAAAUGGUGUGAAUAUAAUAUAAUAAAGGCAAACUUAAAAAA